GGACCGAUCAUGGGUGACUGGAGCUUUCUGGGUAAUAUUUUAGAGGAAGUCAACGAGCACUCUACGGUGAUCGGCCGGGUGUGGCUCACGGUGCUUUUCAUCUUCCGUAUCCUCAUCCUGGGCACGGCGGCGGAGUUUGUGUGGGGUGAUGAGCAGUCUGACUAUGUCUGCAACACACAGCAGCCUGGAUGUGAGAACGUGUGCUACGACGAGGCCUUCCCCAUCUCCCACAUUCGCCUGUGGGUGCUGCAGAUCAUCUUUGUGUCCACACCUUCUCUGGUGUACGUGGGUCACGCCGUGCACCAUGUCCACAUGGAGGAGAAACGUAAAGAGCGCGAGGAGGCAGAGCUGAGCCGGCAGCAGGAGCUGAGUGAAGAGCGUCUCCCUCUGGCACCCGAUCAGGGGAGCGUCCGCACCACUAAAGAGACCAGUACGAAGGGCAGCAAGAAGUUCCGGCUGGAGGGCACCCUGCUGAGGACCUACAUCUGCCACAUCAUCUUCAAGACACUGUUUGAGGUGGGCUUCGUGGUGGGCCAGUACUUCCUGUAUGGCUUUCGCAUUCUGCCACUGUACAAGUGCAGCCGUUGGCCCUGUCCCAACACGGUGGACUGCUUUGUGUCACGCCCCACGGAGAAGACCGUCUUUAUCAUCUUCAUGUUGGCUGUGGCAUGUGUCUCACUCUUCCUCAACUUUGUGGAGAUCAGUCACCUGGGCCUGAAGAAGAUUCGAUUUGUCUUUCGUAAGCCAGCCCCAGCCCCGGCCCAAGGUGAGGGCUCGGCCCCCCUACCGCCACAAGGGAAGGGCCUGCCCCCGCUGGCUGUGUCCUCCCUGCAGAGGGCGAAAGGUUACAGGUUGCUGGAGGAGGAGAAAGCUCCCCCUGUAACUCACCUCUACCCGCUGGCUGAGGUGGGCAUGGAGGCUGGCAGAGGGGCCCCACCCUUCCAGGGGCUGGAGGAGAAGGGGGAGGAGGUGCUGCCAAUGGACGACAUCUCUAAGGUGUAUGACGAGACUCUGCCCACUUACGCCCAGACCACUGACACAGGGGGGGUGACAUUACACGAGGAGGAGGCAGAGGAGGUUCAGCCAGCAGAGGUGGAAGCAGAAAGGGUGGAGGAGGCUGUGGAUGAGGAUGUGGAGGAGGCAGUAAACAGGGAGGGGGUAACCGCGGCGGAGGCGGCAAUGGAGGCCACGGAUACGAUAGAAGACACCAGACCGCUGAGCCGACUGAGCAAAGCCAGCAGCAGGGCCAGUUGGGCCCCAACUGUCAUUCCCAAUUCAGAAAGUGACAUACUGCAAAUGCAGCAUGUGGCGUCAAACAUUGUGGGUGCGAUGGAAAACUUUUCUAGAUAUUUGAGCAUCGACGGGACAUUGACCGUGAUGUAUUGCAUGUUCUGGAUUUUCUCGCCUGCAGACGGCGACACCCUCUCAGUGGUGGCGGGCAGCAGAGUGAUGCUGCACUGUGACAAGUCCAGCGACGAGCUCCAACAGGUCACUUGGCGAAUGAACAGGGUUCAGCUAAUCAGCUUCACGCCAGGGCGACCCCUGCACGCCGGAGAGGAGGCUGAACGUCUGAAGAUAAACAUAUCUCUAUCCCAGAGCGAGCUGUACGCACUGGUCAUAGAGAGCGCCCACAAGUCACACGCAGGAAACUACACCUGUGACAUCGCCACGCUCACAGGAGUGUGGGAGAAGGAGUGGGAGCUGAUAAUCACAGAGCCCAAAGGAAACUGGAAUAAGCACCUAAUUGCUGUGGCAACAGUUGUUCCUUGUGUGUGUUUCCUGAUCUUUGUAUUUACUUUUGCGGUUCUGCAAAGAGCCUACAGUUGGCAUGGAGGACAUAACAAUCAGCCUGCUACAACAAUGCAGGAGGAAACAGAUACUAUUUAUGAGAACUGCCUGGAAAUAGACGUUAGACAUCAACUCAAACGUCAGACAUUACAAGGCCCGAGCUCACCCAUGUGAGUGCCGCCCCGAAGUGCAGUUCAAAGACUCAAAAGGGAAGGAGACGACAAAAAAUGUUCAUAGAAGAAACAUAAAAGAAAACCUGCCUCUUAUUUCAUGUACAAUUUGAAACUGUUUUGUCAAGAAAUGUACUAUGUGUAAUGGAGUAUAAUUAUUGCUGAAAGGUGCAUUAAAAUGUUUUUCUUUUAUUUCGGGCCACUUACACCAUUACCUUCAUCGUGUGAAUGUGUAAGAUAAUAGUUCAUUGUUGAGCUGAGGUGAGCAGAAGAUCCCACAAGCAUUGGAUCUGUUUUUGAUAUAUAUAAAAAUAUAUAUAUUGAUUAGGGCAGAUUUAAAUAGAAUAAGAGAUACUGCAAGGUUCCAUGGAACAAAGAGCGGCUGUAUCAGUUGUAAACUGCCAAAGAUGAAUGAGAUUAUGUACUAAAAAUUACCAUAACCACAGAAGACAACCCACAGUAUUUGUCAUGUUUUAAAUAUACAUUACAGUGAGGCAAGUGGCAGCAGUGUGGGUGGUAAAGGAAGUCUGUGUGUUAUGUUGGGUCAAAUGAAUUAAAAUAUGCAAUGUAAUUUCUUUGCUUUUUGAUUGUUAAGAUUUGGAAAUCAGCUAUAAAAAUAGUGAACAAUAUGCUGCUGAUAAAUAUGCAGAUAAUAAAAGUAAAUGUAGACAUACAA